GCAAAAUGAAUCCUACGGUGUCGUCAGUUCCGUAAAGCGUUCCUCCUGGCUUCAGUUAAAAAAAGGGUAGAGGAUUAUUUACGAGGGGUCCCAAGACAAACGCAGCGAGAACAAGACUUUACCUUCUUAUGUCAUUUGAAUAUUUUUAAAUAAGAGCGCUGCAUUGUUUCCCGCAGGCAGUUUUUCUUUCUCCUUGGACUGGAAAAAGACACACCAGUUUCCUCUAAGCCGCGCAUGAGCUGGGAUGUACUGGUGUUAGCCUGUUAUUAGCUUACUCGCUAGCUUCCCGAACAGCUCCGUAUUAACGACGGGACCAAGCACACCAAAUAGUGCAUUAUGACAGACAGCAUUAUGAGUAAAGCUGCCACAAUGGAGAUUCCUAUCAACAGUAAUGGUGACACAGGGACACUACCAGAGGACGACAGCCUUGAACAGGCUGCAAAGCUGCAGUGGAGCUUAGAUGAGAAGGUAGGGAGCUCCAGAGGCACCAGGGACCUACAGCAGGUGAUGGUAUCGGGUCCCAAUCUAAAUGAGACUAGCAUUGUAUCAGGGGGGUAUGGAGGAACAGCGGAGGGUAUCAUCCCCACCAGCUCAAUCAAAGGCCCUGCUGUGCGCUACAAUGCAGAGUUUAACAAAAGGAUCCCAGUUACAGGAUUAGGUUCCAACAUGCACCACAGCAGCAGCAGCUCGUCAGUGACAGCAGAAGAGAUGACCCGCGGUGUGGCUGUGGAAAAACUAGAAACAAUGAAGAAGUGGGGUCUCAACACUUACAAGUGUACAAAGCAAAUGAUCUCAGAGCGUUUCGGUCGGGGUUCCCGGACUGUGGACCUGGAGCUGGAGGCCCAGAUCGAGGUGUUGAGAGACACUAAGAGGAAAUAUGAGAAUGUGCUGCGACUGGCCAGAGCACUGACCAACCACUUCUAUAACAUGGUGCAGACACAGCAUGCGCUGGGUGAUACCUUUGCUGACCUCAGUCAGAAAUCUCCAGAGCUACGGGAUGAGUUUGGCUACAAUGCAGAGACUCAGAAGCUGCUCUGUAAGAACGGGGAGACUCUACUUGGUGCCAUUAACUUCUUUGUGUCCAGCAUCAACACACUAGUCAACAAGACCAUGGAGGACACCUUGAUGACAAUCAAGAUGUAUGAAAAUGCAAGACUGGAGUUUGAUGCCUACCGGUCAGACCUGGAGGAACUGAGUAUGGGUCCGAGGGACGCUGUUGCCAUGGCACGUAUAGAUGCUGCUCAGCAGCAAUACCAAGUGCAUAAGGACAAGUAUGAACGUCUCCGUUCAGAUGUCACCAUUAAACUCAAGUUCCUGGAGGAGAAUAAGGUGAAGGUGAUGCAUAAGCAGCUCCUGCUCUUUCAUAAUGCCAUCUCAGCGUACUUUGCUGGCAACCAGCAGCAGCUGGAGCAAACGCUGAAGCAGUUCAACAUAAAGUUGAGGCCUCCAGGGGCUGACAAGCCCUCCUGGUUAGAGGAGCAAUGAGAGGGCCUGCUAGACCUCCUGCAGCCUCCUUCUUGACCACCUCCACCUGUUACCUGUUUAAACCCCCAACUUACAGAGGACCACUACAGAGGGAAACACUUACAGAUAAUUGGGUGGGUGAAGAUAUAAGACAAGCGUGUGGCUGGAUGAUUGGACAGAUGAAGGACGAUUAGACAGAUGGAUAGCAGGGUAUUAUUGAUGAAUGGGCUGAAUGAAGCAAGAAACAACGUGGCCAGUUUCAUGAACAGUCAGGGGGCUAUUAGUGCCUCUCCUCUCAACUUCCCUUUUUUCACUCUAACCUUCUCCUUGUGCUUUGUUCCCAGAGAAACUGUUCAUCUCCCCCUUCCCUUUCUCCCAUUUAACUGAACCCCCUUCUAUCUCAAUACUGUUUUGCUGUGUGCGCUUGUGUUAGUCAUUUUUAUGGCCAUUAUUGUACUCCUUAAGUGCUCCCAGUGCUCUGAGUUAAGGUUAAACCCCACACCAUCGUAGUAACAGAGACAGAUGAAUAAAGGAAAAAUGGUUAAAAAAAACCACUGAAGCAAAUUCAGACAAUACACUACAUCAAAACUCUUCCAAACCUUAUCACUCUCCUAGUGUGCCUCCUUACAUACGAGCUGAUGUACUAAGUUCAGAAAAAAAAUGUCAAACUAUACAUGAAGGGGAUUUGUAUGGUACACUGGAAAGGAAUGUGCAGACAUGUCAAAUCAAUGUACAUUUCAAAUUAAGUACUGUUUCGCUUUUGAAAUAAGUGUUAUACAGUUGUUUGUAGCUUAUAAAAAAAGAUAAUGCCGUGUUUAGUUUUAGCGUUUGUUUAAUUUGAAUAUCAUGUCUUUAUUUUAUAAUUAUUGCAGUUCUAGUCAGCUGUAUGUCUUAUGCUUCAGAGCAAAAGACAGAUAUACUGUUAGGGCAAUGUGUGCUGGUGUUUUAGACUGCAACUGCUGCAGUGCUUAGUCUGCAAUUAUCAGAUAUGCUACAGAUUUCAAUUGUAACCCGAAAAUUCUGUGACUUCAAGUCAUAUAUGCAACAAUCAUUUAAGGACCACUGCCACAGCUUCCCAAAGUUCUACUGGUUUGGGUCUUCACUAGUUAUGUUUUAUUUACCCAAAGAGAAUUGAGAGAGAUGUAUAUUGGAUGAUGAACCUUGCUAUGUUUUCAUUAGUUUGUACAGUCUCUCCAUGGACUGAGGAGGAUUUGAGGAACCAAUGUAAGAUGAGUAUGUCCGUCUGGUAAGAUCCAACAAACUUGAAUGGAUUCAAUCCGUUAUUUGAUUGUCUAACAGAUUAUAUUUAAAAAGGAAUUCAUUACAUUUUGUUUGUUUUCAUAUCGAUGCAUGAUUCAUUGAAAUAUGUUUUUUGUUGAAAGUUUGUCUCUUUGAGGUUAACAUCUAUUUUGAUAUCUUUCAGUCAUCCUAAAGCAAAAUAUAUUUGUUGAUGGUUACCUUUCUUCACACUGAAGAUUACUGUAUCUGACUGAUAUUACUAAUUCUAAUGUGUCAACAUUAAAUCUUUUAAGUUAGCAGUUAAUGAUCGGGAAAACACUAAUGAUUCAUUUGUUUUAUGCUGCUGUAAGUAAAACAUUGUCUUAGUAUAAUGGAAGUAAACAAUCAUGAAUUGUUGACAGUUAAGAGAAAGCAUUGCCACAAAAUAUUGGCACAGCACAACAAAUGUAACAUUGAGUUUCUUAAGCAUCACUGUAUUUAUUAUGUUCAUUGUAUGUUUUAAUCUGUUGUAAUCAAAACAUUGUACUCUGGAACCUCUGGUUUGUGCAAAUUACUCAAGUUGUAAGUAUUUCAGGCUAACCAAAUCUGCAAUUGAUAUACUCCAAAACAAAAACAAAAAAUUCUAGACUAACUCAUAGAAAUGUAUUUAAUUUCCAAGUGUCAAAGUGACUCUGCGAAGUCAAAUGAAGAUAAUCCAGUACAAUGAAUGUUUAACCAUGCUGCAUUUAACUCUAGAAACAGUCGGGAGAGCUCUAUGAAACCUCCAUCAGUUACAGUUAGUCCUUAGCUUCUUGUCUCCUCUGUAUUUGCAUGGCAGACAGCGAUCCAAAGUAUAGGUGCAAAUAUGUGUGAACGCACUGAUGCUCUACUCUCGGCCUUCUGCGUGCUCUAUCGCAUGGACUGGCACAAUGCCGGGCUUCUGGGUUUACUUUCAAUGCUGCACUCGAAAGAACAGUUAUGAAAGGAAGUGGGUUUGAUUUUUGAUGAAAAGCAAAUAUCAAGAUUUUUUUUGGCUUGUCUUUUCUGAAUUCUUACGUGUCAAUGUGUCAACUGGGUAUAUUUUAUUCUGGCUGAAAAAAUAACUCAGUAAGACCUCAGCCUCACUCAUGGCUAAGAUUGCAGUUUCACUGGCCAACUCCUGGUCUGUUUGACCACCACACAGCAAUAUUAACAAAAUGUGACUCCUCUUUUUCCAAACCUGCCCCUUUGAAAUUCCUCCCCCUAGCACCAAGAUGAAGAUUUAUAAGAUGAGAUAUUUUAUUUGUGUACAAUCAAUAUUUUGUAGGCUGAGCUGGUGUAUUGUACUGUACGAAUGAUUGCACGUAAUGGUAUUUAAGACGAUAAAUGAAGUUGUGUCAUGGGUUGAUGUGAUACUCUGCCUUCAUUCCUUACUCAGACCUGAAAAGUCCCAACCCCAUCCCAAGGGAACAAAAUUAAAAGUACACAUUUUCAAAUGA